UUGAUUUUUCAGGAUAUUAAAAAACUAUUAAAACUGAACGGGUUCAUUUUGGCUCCCGAUGCUUCAACUUACCUCACUUCCACACUUGGAAGCAAUAUUACCUCUGAUGUUGUUAAGCGCUUUGUUGAAUCUGUCCUUUCAUCAUUUUCUGGGUUGGCGGGUAAUAGGGUGACAAAAUCUGUUUGUGAGAAAAUCCUAUCAGAAUGGAAAUCCGAUAAAUCUUCCGCUGAAAAUGCCAUUUUUCUCAUUAAUGCACUUGAAACCCCACGUUUUAAAUACAAUAGAAAUAUGCGAAAAUUUGUUAGUAUUCAAAUUAAUUCAACUGACGAUAUGCAUAGUCUCCUCCCUUUUUCUCCUUUGCCUAAAUCGUUUCUUUUCGCAAAUCGAUAUGAGGUUGUUCUCCAAAGGGUUCUUCGUAAUCCUCUAUUCUCUGAUGAAUCAAGGGGCUUCAAAUUGCGUUCUAUUGAAUUCCUCCUUUCAUCUGGAACUAAAGUUCGGAAAUCUUGUGAUGAAGCCGAUGACGACGGGGAAGAUUCAUUUUCUGUUGCAGAACGUCCAAGUGUUAUUAUUCUUGGCUUUUUGAUUCAACUCAAAAAUGCUCAAUGGUAUCUAGAGGAUGUGACUAAUCUCGUGAAACUUGACUUUUCUCACACACGUUUCCAUCAGGGUGUUUUUCCAGAAGGCUCGGUAGUUCUAACCGAGGGCUGGUACGACGAAGACGCCGAGGUGUUUCGUUCCACCGGUAUUGGUCUUCCACCUGUUGAGCGGGCAAUUGACACAAGAAGGUACUUCAGUGCCUUAAAUCCUUUCGGUGGAGGGGAGCAAGGGAUUAAUGGGCCCCCCGCUUCCCUCGACAAUCGUAUGUCUCGCCUACUCGACGCCUCGCCUUGUUGGGAUCGCAAGGCGGAUUCCAUGUUGGUGAUUUUGGGAGAAGUUCAUCUAGAGGCACUUGGGAAUCUUGAACACCUAGAGACCAUCUUUACAGGAUAUGCCGACUUUCCGCCUUCCGCAUUUCUCAUCUGUGGAGACUUUAUCUCCCCAGAUUACAGUCCCCAUGUUAGUGAACGAUGUGCUCUACUCAAACAACUUUUCAAGAGACUAUCAGAUACAUUUCUUCGAAUCUAUGGUGAUUCAGAAGCUAGGGGGCACUGUCAACCCAAAUUGAUUCUAAUUCCGGGGCCCCAUGACCCUUGUAUCGGUCCUACAGGCAUCUACCCUCGACCUCCUCUUCCAUUGGAUCUUUUUGGAAUAACCGCGCCUCAACAGCAAUGUCCUGAUUGGCUCUGGUUGGCGUCCAAUCCAUGUCGUAUCCGGCUAUUCACCCGUGAAAUUGUCGUUUUCAGAUAUGACUAUGCAAAGCAUCUCCUUAGACAUUGCAUUCAUCUUCCAAGUCCUGCCAUACCAACAGCCGCUCCAGAAUCAACUACUAUUGAUCCAAAUAUUGAGACUCAAUUACCAGAAGAAUUUGAAAACUUAGAGAUUCAUCAAGAGAGAGAUGAAUUGAACACAACAAAAGGGGAUGAAACUUCCUCCUCGAUUCUCGGUAUGGGAUUGGCCCGUUGCUUGGCAAGUCAAGGUCAUCUCACGCCCCUACCUCUCCAUAUAUCCCCCAUCUAUUGGCCUUUUGAUCAGGCCCUCGCUCUGAAUCCUCUUCCCGACCUUGUAGUUGCUGUGGAACCGGACUCGAUUGCAGAUCUGAAUGCCACUUUGAAUUCACCAUCGUCUGAUUUAAAUGAUGACCCACUAGGAGGGUGUCAGUUUGUGAAUCCAGGGAGAUUUGGUAAUUUGGAAUAUAAUUUCAAGGUUUACUAUCCAGGAAACCGUCUGGUUGAGGAUAGUAAACUGCCGACUUAA